UUGCAUUGCAUUUCGAUGUGAAACAAUCAGGACAAGGAGUAUUUGUGCACUUGUCUUCAGUCUUCACUGCACCUUCCCGAGCUAUCAAUCAUGCAGCUGGCAUAGCGCUAGUCGUUGUCACAGUCGAUAUCAAUCCCAACUGCAUGGUGAAAUCCGGUAUCAAAAUCCUUCAAGGUGGGUUUCAAAAUAUUCUCUCAGUGAAUUGCUUCACAUUGCACGUUAUUCAUCAUUUCGCGCAGAUUUCAACGAAACAGUACCUGGCUAUGGAGGCAGAUUGCGAGGAGAAGGCUGACCGCGUGACCCUGAAACAGGUAAAUGAAAAAGCGUAUGCUUUCUGGACCGAUGUCCUUGGCAGUCCUCGUCACAUUGUGGCACCCAUGGUAGAUCAGUCUGAAUUACCCUGGCGUCUGUUGUCGAGAAAGUAUGGUGCUCAGCUGGUAUACUCUCCCAUGUACAAUGCCGGCGUCUUCCUGAAGGAUCCGAAUUGGCGAAAGCAGUGUCUUGCCACGUGUCCUGAGGAUAGGCCACUGAUCGUGCAGUUCUGUGCCAACACUCCGGAUGCAUUCGUGGAGGCUGGACGCUAUGCACAGCACAUGUGUGAUGCUGUAGAUCUGAACCUGGGUUGUCCGCAGAUGAUUGCCAAGCGCGGUCACUACGGCGCAUUCCUGCAGGAUGAAUGGGACCUGCUGCAUCGAAUUGUCACCGCGGCCGUGAAGGAGCUCAGCGUGCCGGUCACAUGCAAAGUGCGCGUGUUCGCCGACAUUGAGAAGACCGUGCGCUAUGCCCGUGUGCUGGAGAGCGCCGGCUGUGCAUUGCUGACGGUGCACGGGCGGCUGCGCGAGCAGAAAGGCCACAAGACGGGCCUGGCAAGCUGGGAGCACAUCAAGGCGGUCAAGGAGAGUGUCAGCAUCCCGGUUGUGGCGAACGGUAACAUUCGAUACCUGAGCGACGUCGAUGCCUGCCUUGCUGAGACUGGUGUGGAUGGCGUAAUGACAGCAGAGGGGAACUUAACCAACCCAGCACUGUUCACUGGUAAGAUGCCACCUGCAUGGUGCAUGGCUGACGAGUACUUUGAGCUGGCGAAGCAGUACCAACCUCAUCAGAGUGCAGCCAGAGCGCAUAUGUUCCGACUGUGGCACAAGUGUUUGCCACUGCACCCGGACCUGCGUACACAGCUGGCCAGUGCACAGGGCCUGGACGGGAUUGCGGAGAUCUCACGACAGCUGGCCGAGCGCAUGAAGGCAAGCUGCGAGGGCGCAGAAAUCGAUGAGAUGGCCGCUCAGCAUACGGAUGGCAGUGAAGUGGAGCCAUGGAGGUGUCAGCCGCACGUCCGUGCGCCGCUUACAGAUACAAACACCGGUGAUGUGUUGGGAGAGAAGCGCACUCAUCCCGAUGGUGCUGACGCCGAGAAACCAAAGAAAAUCAAGCGUCCUGCGAACAAGCGCAAAGGAGGCAAUCCUGCUGUUUCCCGGGAGGUGCGCAAAUCGGCAGCAUUCAAGAGUAAGUUUAAGCCGUGCACGGCGUGUAGCGGCAAUCCAAGAGGUAUGAAGUGUGAUCAUGAACUCUGUCGAGCUUGUUGUAAAGUCCACUCGGUUCGAAAUGUCUUCGACUGCACUGGGCACAAGUUUUCCUUCAAAUCCCGUGCCGAAAGGCAGCAGAAAGAAGCCGAUCAAGCGGGUGCCGUGCAUGCCACGGACAACGGUGAUGCUAGCAAUGGAGCCUUGCAUGUUGCUGCUGCUGCUGAUGAUGGCACAUCAGCUGACACAGCUACCCAGUGUGAAGCUACUCUCUGACCAGAUCUAGUUUGAUGGGAUUGGAAAAAGAACAUCUUACACCACAGUGACGAGGUUCUUCGUGUCAUAUGCGUGCGUGAUCUAGUGCAGGGUGCUGUCUCUGCAUUGACAUUGUCAACUGCCGUGGCAGAACAGCAUGCGUGGCCCGUCACUUUCGGCACCACAGAUUGCCUGACAGCUCAUCGAUGAUAUUACAAAUGCGGGCUCGUUCAGUUGCUGUCCUGUGCGGGGCGGUUGACCAGUUUAUGUUUCUGCCAGAACUCACUUGUCAGCAGUGGUGAUUAUGUACCGUGCGCAUGAUCUAGGGGCCCGGAAUCGAAUCAUCCUGGCUGGUGCCCAUUUUCAACUCUCGCUCAGAUUCUAUGUUGUGUGAUCAUUGCUGAAGAACUUGAUAUUUAUACUACAACUUGAAACUUCUGCUUGAAAAGUCGUUUGAGCAGUGACCGCCAUCUCACCAUGGGUGUUAGGUUGUGUCCUGUGACGGCUCUCAGUGCUCUGGCACCAUGAUGGUCAUGUGGUAGUGCAGUUCUAAUCUAGCGACAGCCAUCGUCCACUUCACUGCUCAGCUGGCCUUCGUGUCGCAUGCAUCUACUACACUAUAGAGCAGCGCGUGAUUCGUUCCAAUCAGCAGCGUUUACGGCAGCUCUGAGGCGCCCGUCAGUAAUCAUUGAAUACUGGCGGUGUUGUUCUUUGAAGUGUACUCACUGAUGGUAGCGUAAUAUUCGUGCAGCAGCAGCCGUAUACACCAGACUAUUGUUUCACGCAAUCAGUAUUUCUGCCUGGCACGGCGUGUGCUAUGCUAGUGGAUGACGGCAACCGCCUCGCUAUGUUUUUGAACUCUUGCUUACGUGGCACCACUCUAGGCAACAUGUAGUAGCUAUUCAACAGCCUACAUUUUAUAGAAUCUUUCAUCUUUAUUUUACGCUGACAAGCCUACGAUUGGAUAACAACCAGCUUCUGGUCCCUUAUUUUCAGCACCCCGUUGCCUAUUUCGUUACUCAACUGCACGUUCAUCAUGGCUGAACGAUUGUUCAUUCCACCUGACUAUGCAAAGCAGUGUGUUCAAUUUUAGAUCUAUGCCUUGUGGCUAUUUCACGCACAUGUGAUGCUCACAGACUAUUUCCUAGCCGUGCUGUUCAGACAUGUUUAGACGACUACUUGCACAUGUAGUGUUUGAGAGAGGACCAUCUUGGAGGAAGGGAACUAAUUGUGUGCAUGGAAUUUUAACUGAAAUGACACGCAAUUGCAUCGGCUUAGCCAUAGAGCGUCCCUCAUAUCAUCCACUUGGGAUCUACCUCCACCGAGGAGUUCUGA